UCUCAGUUUUUACAUUUUAGUUCUCUCCCGAAGUCUCUCACUCAAAACCAAAAAACAAAAAACAGAGCAUCCACUCUUUUUUUCUUGAGUUUCCUUUGUAAUUUAGUUCAAGCUGGCGAUUGAAAAUAAAGAAACCACUGUUCGUGAAAUCAAGCCCAAGAACAGAAGAAUAAUGGGAGCUGGUGGGCCUGAUGAAGAAGAUAAUAGGUGGCCGCCAUGGUUGAAACCUUUACUGAAAGAACAGUUCUUUGUUCAGUGUAAACAUCAUGUUGAUUUUCACAAGAGUGAAUGCAAUAUGUUCUGCUUAGAUUGCGUUAAUGGCGCUCUCUGUUCUUUCUGCUUAGCGUAUCACAAGGAUCAUCGUUAUAUCCAGAUAAGGAGGUCUUCAUACCACGAUGUGAUAAGAGUAUCUGAGAUACAAAAAUACCUAGACAUAUCUGGAGUCCAAACUUAUAUAAUCAACAGUGCUAAGAUCGUUUUUCUUAAUGAAAGGCCACAACCCAGGCCUGGAAAAGGUGUUACCAACACUUGUGAGGUCUGUGAUCGCAGCCUUGUCGAUUCCUUCCGUUUCUGCUCUCUUGGCUGCAAGAUUGUUGGAACAUCAAAGAAUUUCCACAAGAAGAAAAGGCAGCUAGGUAUGAACAUGGCAGCAUUAGACUCUGAGGAUUCAUACAGUAGCAGUUGCCAUGAGAAGAUUAACAACAAAGUGCAGAGCUUUAGACCAUCAACACCACCUCCAACUCGAACUGCCAAACGAAGAAAAGGGAUUCCCCACAGAGCACCAAUGGGAGGAUUAAUCAUAGAAUAUUAAGCCAAAGAAAUGCCGUAAAAGAUAGUGGUUUAUAUCCUUUUAUAUUUACCCUGCUAGUGUUAGUAUUAGUGUUACGCCAUACAUACCUCUCUCUACUAUUAUGUAUAUUAUAUAGAAGUGGAAAUACUCAUAAUGAUAAUGAGCCAGCUUUUCUAAGUGAGUGACUAUAGACAUAAGUUUUUGGAAAAUGCUAAAUUGUAAAUAGGGUCUUUCUGGUUGUAGGGCAAGAAGACUAAGAGCAAUGUGAAAGACAGGGAAAAUACCAUGUAUUGUACUCCUUUCCCAAGGGGAUGUUUAUAUCUUUUUUGCCUAGAUAUGAAUUUUGAGUUCUAAUCUAAAGAAGCCGUAUUUUGUCUGCUUA